AUGACAGAACCCGGGCAGUCCCUAGCAGCGCCUACGACCAUCCGUGGAUUAGCGUGGUGUGUCGCCGUACUGGCCGUCUACUACGCACGAUCAAGAGUAAAUACACACGAUACGUUCACAUACGACGGUGAGCAUUUCCCGCAUACUAUUCUUGUACUCCAUAGCCAGGGAGGUGGUAUGGUAAAUACGGCUAAAGCAGCUAGUGUCUCGCACGCAACCCUCGGACUGUCUGUCCUGGUUGUCUACUCAACCAGGCAGACCAGAAACCCGUUCAUUUACACUCAACACCCCCACCGCUACUACCACCACGAACGCUUGAGAUCGACAAAUAUGGCCGUCUCUAUUGCUGAUGACGACCUCUUUACUAGAGCCGUCUCUGGCUAUCGGGACGCCUUUUGGGACCGCAAUCAACAUCUUUCCGAAGCCGAACGAAAUAUUGCAUGGACCCAACGACUCAGCCAGUUUAUGACAGACGGAAACGCCUCGACUUCAAAAACCUCACCUGGACCGUCUCCGGAUAUUUUGGGAAAACGCACUCGACAAACACCACGGACAGUAGCUGAAGCUUCUUCUGUGAAGCGACGUGCACCCAGUGCGGAAUCUACCAGUCCAAAGCGAGCCGUCAAGACCGUCGCAACUUCGUCCGUCCCAUCGAUGGUCCGCUCACAAAGUCAACAAAUUCCAACACCUCCCAGACCGAUUGAAACACGCAGGCAAUCGACCGAGUCCUCUCUGUACAGGCACAGCAACGUAAAUGUAUUCGAGUACUCGCCAUCCGAAUACACACAGUGUUUGGAAGAUGUCAAUCAAGGUACCCCAAUUCUGCCCAUUUCUGAUAUGCAGCAGCAGCAACAGCAGCUAUUUCAACACGCUCAACAACCAUACCUAGCGUUGACUCAGAUGCAAGCCACUGAGAUGAGCCGUAGUACUACGACAGAUUCUAUAUCCGGAGGUCUAGACAUGUUCCGAUUCGAGUCCUCUACAGGAGCGAUGGAACAUGUCCCAGACCUCAGUCUUGAUUUUGUCCUACCAUCCGCUGUGGAUGUAGGGUUUUCUGUUUCUCCUUCUGCCAAUUGUAACAUGUCUCAUGUUGCAAUUGGGUCGUCUGAUUCUCUUUUAUUUUCUUCUUCUGCUCCUGUUUCUUUUUUGCCUCCACCUUCAUCUGCAUCUUUGGAGAUGAAGGCUUCUUUUUCCACCGAGAGCAACGCCUCGGGAGUGUCUAUGACACCGCAGUCCAAGACUGCACGGCGAAUUCUGAACACUGAACAAGUUCAAAAUACCCGUCUGAUUGCACCCAAGGUGCCGUCUACUAAAAAUAAUGUUGUCAAAAAGGACAAUCACCGGAUGAUUCGGAUUUCAUCUGAAGAUGGCACUUCAAAAGAAGUCGCAGCCAUCCCCAAGGCAUCUUUUCAACGGCCUCCUCGGCCCAAGACGUAUUGUCAUUUGUGUAGUGAUCAACCCGAGGGGUUUCACGGUGAACAUGAACUGCGUCGUCAUAUUGAGCGUGUUCAUUCGGUUGUUCGCAAAGUCUGGGUUUGCGUCGAUAUCUCCCCCGACAAGACCUUUCUUGCCAACUGCAAGGCUUGCCGAAAUGGCAAGCGGUACGGCGCAAACUACAACGCAGCUGCACACCUCCGACGCACGCAUUUCAAUCCCUGUCAACGUGGUCGCGGCGGUCGUGGCAAGGACAGUGAAAAGCGUGGCGGUAAGGGUGGUGGAAAUCUUCCGCCAAUGGAUGUAUUGAAGCAUUGGAUGGAGCAAAGGGAGGAAGUUGUUCUUGAGAAUGCUCCAUAUAUCGACGAGCCCGCUGACACUGCCACUGCCACUCUCACUGCGGCCAUGGUUCCCACGACAAAAACGGAAUAUCACGAAGAAAUCCCGACAACAGCGACAGAAUUCGACACAGCCAUUUUUACAUGGGAUCCCGCUACCGUAGCCAUGGGCAAUGAGUACAUGAAUUAUUACAUGAAUAACAGUACUCAGCCGUUGGUCGUCGGCGAAGAUCCGUAUCUUGUACAGACGGCUGUAUAG